UGAUGAUGAUGGAUGGACGAUGGAUGAUGAAGGAUGAUGAUGAUGGAUUCCCAUGAAGCAUCUCCCACCCUUCCAGGUCUACAAGGAGAAGCUCUAUGGCAAGAAGUACGUCUGGUUCCUGAUUGGCUGGUACGCCGACAACUGGUUCCGCAUCAAGGACCCGGCCAUCAACUGCACCGAGGCCGAGAUGGCCGAGGCCGUUGAGGGUCACGUGACCACCGAGAUCGUCAUGCUCAACCCCGAGAACACGCGCAGCAUCUCCAACAUGACGUCCCAAGAGUUCAUCGAGAAGCUCCAGAAGAGGCUGGGCAAGAACCCGGAGGAGACCGGCGGCUUCCAGGAGGCGCCGCUGGCCUACGACGCCAUCUGGGCCUUGGCCCUGGCGCUCAACAAGACCAGCCAAGAGUUGGUCAAGAAGGGCUUGAGGCUGGAAGACUUCAACUACAACAACAAGAACAUCACCGACGAGAUUUACCGGGCCCUCAACUCCUCGGCCUUCGAGGGCGUCUCGGGCCACGUGGUGUUCGACGCCAGCGGCUCCCGCAUGGCCUGGACCCUGAUCGAGCAGCUGCAAGGUGGGGUGUACAAGAAGAUCGGGUACUACGACAGCACCAAGGACAACCUGUCCUGGUACAACAACGACAAAUGGAUCGGGGGGUCCCCUCCGGCUGACUACACCAAGGUGAUCACGACGUUCCGGUUCCUGUCCCAAAAAUUGUUCAUUUCCGUCUCGGUGUUGGCGUCGCUGGGGAUCGUCCUGGCCGUCGUCUGCUUGGCCUUCAACAUCUACAACGGGCACGUGAGGUGGGGAAAAUCCCAAAAUUCCCCAAAAUUCCCAAAAUUCCCAAAAAAUAAAGAAAAGUCAGGAACAACUGGAGCAGGAAAUCGGAGCAGAAACAGUCCAGGGAUGGGGAAAAACGGGGAAUGGGAUCAGUCGGAAGGGGAACAGCCGGAUUCCGACUGUUGCCGCGUUUCGCAGGCGCGGCUGUGGCUUCUGGGACUGGGGUUCAGCCUGGCCUACGGCAGCAUGUUCACCAAGAUCUGGUGGGUGCACACCGUCUUCACCAAGAAGGACGACAAGAAGGACAAGCGGAAGAGCCUGGAGCCCUGGAAACUCUACGCCACCGUGGGGGGGUUGGUUGGCUUUGACGUGGUGACGCUCAGCGUGUGGCAGAUCGUGGAUCCCCUGCACCGAACCAUCGAGGUUUGGGGGGUUCCUCAAGGGGUUUGGGGGUUCUCCAGG